AGUGACGCGAACCGUGGCCGCACGUCCCGUCGCGAUCGCUCCCGAAAAACACGCGAGUUCAAGUAAUGUGAAAUAAGUGAAUACUUUGGUGAAAGAUAAUAAAGUUCUGAAUAAUGUGACAUAUGUACAGUGCAGUGAAAUAUAGUUAUUAACAAUGCUGUUGUUAUUAGUUGGCAUGUUUAUUGCCCGCAGUGUAUCGCACACGAUCACAUCACUAGAAGUGCCUCUAUGGGCAGACCCGAGGCGCGAGGCAGAGCUCCGAUGCCAGUACAUGAGGCAACAGCACGAGCCUCCACUGCACUCCGUCAAGUGGUACCGAGAUAUGCACGAGAUCUUCCGAUAUACACCGCAGGAGCUAGAAACACGAGCAUUCAACAGCACGGAGAUAUCAGUGACGAACAGCUCAUGUGACCCCGAAGCGUGUGUGAUCACGGUUAGGCCGGAGCGAGGGACUGCUAAGUACACGUGUGAAGUCUCCAGUGAGGGACCACGGUUCGCGGUCGACAAGCGAUCCGCUAAUAUGACCCUGGCUGUGAUGCCAGAAUACGACCCCCUGAUCACGGGUCUACCCACACUCGUGCAGGUGGGGGAGCAGGCGCUCGUCAACUGCACCUCCGACUACUCCUUGCCGGCUGCCACCAUCGACUGGUUCGUGGAUUCAGAACCGCAAGAGGAUCCGCUAAUAACUCCAGACACGGUAGUCUCGGGUGCCGACGGAGAUGGUCUCCGGGCAUCUUGGCGGACCCUCCACGUGUACCCAGACGACUACCCGACGCACCGCGGGUACCUAGCUCUGCGCUGUCGGGCGACGAUACCGACGCGACCGCCGCACGUGCGCAGCAUGUCGGUGCGCCUGUAUGUGGCGGCGAGGCCCCAUAUAUCUUCGUAUAUGUUUAGUAAAAAUAACGCUGUGCCCAGCAGUAGUUCCCGGCUGCGCGCACGCAUAGAGACAGCGGUAUGGACGUUGUUACUGUUAGUGAGAAGACAAGUGCCUUCGCUAGUUAAGUGACACUAGUGUGUGUGACAUACGGACAAGUGAGCUGUGAGUGUUAUGAUUUCUGUUGCCCGGUUAUACGUGUCUGUGUUGGUCGUGGUUAAAACAUAUUUUUUUAUUUACCCUGAUAAGGUACGGUUUUCAUUUAUUCUAAUAACUAUUAAAUUCUUCAUGAAAAACUAUUUACAUUUGUUUUUGUCUUUGUUGUAUCACACAAUACACAUACUCGUAAUCAACCAAUUUCAUUCAGGGGAUUGACUCGCGUUCUGAGGAAAUUUCUUCACGCACCCUGAAAAGAAAGAAAGUAGCUUAAAGCCUCACUCGAUAAAGGGGAUAUUUUUCAAAUCAGACCAAUAGUCCAGUAUUAGCGCGUUUAAGCAAACAAACUCGCCUUUAUAAUCUUAGUGUAGAUUCUUUUAAACUUUCCCAUGUAGAUCUUUUAAAACCUCGAUCAACUCAGUAGACUUUGGACUAUCUAAUAAUAUGAAACCUGAAACAAAUAUCACGCAAACAAAAUGUUCGACAGACACUAGUUAACAAUCAUUAAUGAACCGCUUAAGUAAUUAUAAUCCGAAACAAUAGUGUUUUGUGGAGAUAGUAAGUUUGAAGCCCACUCAAUUACGCGGUGGUUUACCUACUCAAAUGUAUUCACUUUAUAAGAUGAGUUACUUCAAUUUUAUAUAGGCACCCGGUUUCAAUUAGGUUACCCUGGUUCUUAUAAAUAAGAAAUGUUUCGUUUUACUUCAACACACCAGCUUUCGACGUUUUAAAAACCAAAUACCGUUCGUAAGCUAAACGAGUCGUUUCAUUUUAGAAACGGCGUACGGAUUGUUUUCGGUUUAUUGGGUUCAAUGUUUUUGAUGGUCUAUUUAUUGGUCUCAAAUGCAACUUUGUUUAGAUUCUGGGUUCCGAGAUUUUAUAGUCGGGUAGUGAAUUGAGUUUUUCAAUUUAAAAUACUAUUUUGGAGUCAUAUUUUAAAUUGCAUUAUUUAACUCAAGAAUAACAUACCAUUUUAAAUUACUAAUACUAUAAAAUUGAAAGAGUUCGUUCGCUUGCUCGAAUGAGCUAAUCUCACGAACUACUAAUCCAAUUUGAAAAAUAAUUUCAGUAUUAGAUAGCAUAACCUAUUUAUUGAGAAAGGCUAUGGGUUACUUUUAUCCGUUCCCACGAAACGUGGGUGAAACCGCGUGCAAAUGUUUGUUGUGCGUUAUAUUUGUAUAAACAAUUGUAUAUAAUAAAAUGACCUACUACCAACACACACACGUCUCGUAUAAGUUAAAUGUAAAACAAAGUAAUUUAUAUUAUGCUGUGAGAUAAUCUGUUUGUAAUAAUUAUGUAAAGAUAUAAAAUAUAUUUUUAAUGAGGCUAAAGAAACACUUAAUUAAAUCUGUUUGGUAAUGAGCACGCGAACUCUAAUAUUCUAAAUUAGAUAAAGUUACAAAAAUUAUAUCAAGUCCUUUGCUCAAUUGUUAUUUAUUAUAUUAAUUGAUUUUAUGGGAGAGCACUACUUCCAGUUUAUACUUUUGUCAGAAAGAUAGAAAACCAUCUAAGAAAUACUUACCAAUUUCUUAUAAUUUCUCCUAAAAUCGACGUCCAAAUUCAUAAUAUUUUUGACUCUCGGUAGUAUCUUUCAGCUAAAAUAAAAGCUUGUAAAAUAUUUCCAUCUGAUAACGGGAUUCGUAAUAAACCCUCGCAAAGCAUUUGGUUUCGUCUUACUACCACAUUUUACAUUACAAAAUGGCCAUAAUUAUUCCAAAUCCGUAGUUUAUGGCGUUCUGCCCCGUGUAAGUUGCCAAACCACAUAAAAAUGUAAGUAUAGCUAGGUUGAAACUUGGCCAGUAUUUAGUUGCGUAAUGUACGUAUUUUUUGCAAAGAUAGCUUUUAUUUGGAUUAAACGAAUGUAGUGUUAUAAAUUUAAUAUCCAAGUAUUUUUUUUUUUUUUUGGUCAUGAUGUUUUGAUGUAAUACCUUAUUAGAAUCUCUACACCUGUUAUGUUUCUAAAAGUUUAUGUGUAUAGGGAAUACGUUUUUAUGGCUAAAACAAGAAUAAAGCCAAAACAUUAACUUUUGCAUUUUAUUUUGCGAAAACGUUUACGUUUUAUGAAUAUGUAACAUCUACGCAAGCCGCUGUUAGCAUGCAUUCAUAGCUUUUACAAUAUUCAUAUUUUUCAACGGUUCUGAAUUUCUAAAUUCCUCGAUCAAUAUGUGGGAUACUAUAUUUUUUACAACCAACUCUUUUGAACAAUUACGGAUAAAUGAAAUUCAAACCAAAAUGUCCACAGAAUCUCUACAGAAAAUAUUUGACUUUAAAGAAUAGAAUUUACACCCACAAUUUUGUGAAAAAUCUUUCCAUUUCGAAACUUUCAAUACACCUAUCAAGCUAUUCUUGAAAAACUUCAAAAGACCCCAGUGGGACGUGACAAGACUGAACUGGAAAUAGUGCUACCCUUUGUUAACACCCCACAGACUUCAAGUCGCCUCUAGAUAGAAUAUAAUUGUAAAUAAAAAUCUUUAGAACCUAAAGGAACUCCGAAGAAUUGAGAUUAAACCUUUCUUUGCAAUCCACUGCGUUCUCCAAUUGCUUUUCUGUUGAUUAGCUCGUAUAAAGCGAGCAAUGGACUGCGAACAUUAAAUUGAAAUUGUACUUUUGUUUUUGCGUUUUGAAGUUUCGUUUUUUGUUGGGUACGGCGAAAUAAAUAAACAGCUAUAAAUAUUAAAUUUAGGUAUUCGAGUCAACACGGAGUUGUUUGUGGUUAAAGAUGGAGUAUUUAUGAUAAAAGUGGGAGUUUUGUAUCGUUUGUGGCCCGGUUUUGUUUUAACUGUAAAGUCGCAUUAUGCCCACGAGUACUUCUGAGGAAACCACAGUGCGACGAAGAGCCACCACAAACCGAAUUCGCUUGUAAACGCAAUGCGUGGUAGAAAUAACUUCAGAUUUUGUUUUUAUUCGUUUUAUUUACAAGAAUGUAUUAAAAAAAAAUAAGAUAAUUGAAGGUAAAUAACAUAUAGGUACGUAUGUUGACACAGUAACCUUCCAGCUCUGGAAAAUUAUGGAAUUGCUAAUUAUGAAAAUGUUGAAAUAGCAUGAGACAUGCGAAAAUAAGUACUCUAGUUAAAGAAGAAUGUUGGUGAACAUUCCACUGUAUUAUUGUAGGUGUGCUGAAGUUUUCAAACGAAAGAAAAUCUACCAUUUUAGUUUGUCCACUUUCCUGGAAAUUAAUACAAGAGUGUUAUUUAAUAAUUUUACCACCCAGUUUUCUUACUAAUAUUUUUACGUGGACUGUACUUAAUAAAAUAUAAAUUACGUUAAAAUAUUACUAUCAAAUUAGGUUGAAAAUAUCGUAAUAUUUUUUGAAAAUGCAUGCAAAUAUAAUUUGUAAUGCAUAUAAUGAAUGUGAGAGAGGUUUCUACCACGCAUGAGCAUCGUAACGACAGUGUGAUACUGAACAUGUACAUUUAAUUUGUAAAUAUAUAAUUAAGUGGACGUGCCAAUUUGUUAAUAAGCUACAAAUCACGUUAUUUGUUUCAAUCCAAAAUAUUUAUUGAAGUUUUCAUAUUUUGCAUUAAUGUUGUCAAUUUUAAAUUAUGUUGGUGUACUCCCGGGUUUUGUGCAAACAAACCUUAAUUAUUGAAACGAAUAUUAUGCCAAUUAAAUUAUUCUCAGGCUCUGACAAAAAUGAAUUAAUAAGUUGCUUAAUUAUUAUGACUAUUAUAAUUUCUAUGGUAAUAAAAUGUAAUGGGGCUAGUUUAUUCAUUUUUAAAUUAAUGUUUUAAUGCUCUGUGGUUAAUAAAAUCUUUCGUGUUUAUUAUUUAUGUGGCAGUUUAAUGAAAAUUUUCACUGCGAAUUAAAUCAACUGCCUGUAGGUAAUUCUCGAGAAAAUAAACAAACAAUUCAGCCUAUCGAAUAGUUCAUACCUCAUUUAAUACAUCAGUACCCAAAUGUUUCCUAAAUAAUGUAAGUUUUCUAAAAAAAGUUAACUUAUGAAUUUUCCCACAUUAGCAUACAAAAUUGGUACUCCAGGAACAGAUUGUAAAAGAUACCGCUGGGAAGCAAUUUAUUGAGGUACUUAGGAAAAAGGCGAGUUCAGACGCGACUCCUCGACUGCUAAACUCAAUUUGAUGCAGGACUGCAAGAGUCGCCAGGGAUGCUCUGCAUCAGAUAAUCUGAUUGUGUUCGUUACCGCAAACCGAUGUCUUAUGAAUAAGACUUUAUGUCCUGUCUUCUUUGGUAAUGCUGAAAAAGGUAGACUGUCUAUUUGUUUGUAAGUCCGUUAUAUUCAAGAUUUAAUUUUAUAUGAUAAUACAGAUGAAUUGAAAUUAUUCUCUCCAUUUUUGGAACUCGGUUAAAAUAACCGGGACAUGUCAUAGAAUACUGUUGGAUUGUGGUGAAUUUUAUCAAGAUAGUUGUAAAUUCGGGGUAUAAGUAUUUUAUUUUGUUUACAAGACUAGCUUUAUCUGACCUUGUAAUAAAAUUACUGGCCUUUAAUUCUAUACAUUAAUUAGAAUUAGGGUUGUCGUGAUACCAUUCAUCUUGCUAAAUCCCGAUAAGAAUGAGAUUCAAAGGCAUACCACAGACUUAUGAAUAGAUAGAGAAGUCUGGAUGAAAAUACAAAAUAGAUAAAUGUAAUAAAAAUAUCAUUUUGAAAUGUAAUGUUUAUACUAACAAGGUUAUUUACGUUCCUGUUAUUUUUUAGAAAGUUACCAUAAACUAUUUAUGUGUAGGUAUACAUACUAGCAAUAACAGAGUUUUAGAAUAAUUUUGUAAAUUACAAUUAUUGUUUUCUGUAUUAUGAAUUUGUACCUAUAAGUACUUCGAUACUUUGCUUCGGUUGCUCAUUAUAUUUUAUAACCGUCUGUCCUCAAAGUCUAUUAAUGUUCUUGUUUACUUUACAGGCCUCGAUAAUAUUAAUUCAAAAAAAUAGAUAUCAGAACCACUAGACUGUAACUAAAAUAAAUUAUUUUAUAAAAAAUAAAAACACAAUAACGCAGGGAGUACGCCAGAUGUUAUAAAAUACAUUGUAUAUUGUACAGAAUAAAUUGAAAUGUCUGAAUGUCAUUAAUAAAAACGAUUCCAGUA